AAGGACCAUAGCCGAACUAUAGUCUCCGUUUCCCUUCUUGUUGCAGCAGACUUGCAGCUGCAAUAUCAUCUACUACUUCCCCACUCUUUAACUCACUACAACUCACUCUAAAUUACCCACAAAUUUUAUCCAAACAAAGAAAAAUGACCCAAAACUUCCAUCUUUAUUCACAAUUGAGCCCAAUCCCUUAAACCAAUUCCAAUGUCUUCUCUUUCAAUCCCCUCAUUAUCCCAUUGCUCUUCACCAUUCAAAAACCCUUCAUCACAAACCAGACACAAACUCAAAAUUAAUAAAUUCAACUCUCAUAUUCAACUUACAUCCCAUAAAUCUUUCCCCUUUUUGCAUAAAGCUCCAGUCUUUAGCUUCUUAGAAUCUUCAAAAUGCCACAAUCAAAUCCAACGACCGCCCCUAGAGCUACCUUCAGUACAUGGAGACCAAAAAGAUUCGAAAUUUUCUACUGGGUACUUGAAAAAAUCUGAGGAGAGUGUAAUUCAGUGCAUUACAAGGUCUGUUGUGUAUGCUUUAUUUUGUGUUGCAAUUGGGUUUUGCUCAGCUGGUUCAUUGCCAGCUUAUGCAGCUGUUGCUGCACAAGCUGGCAAUGGUGUUACUACUUUGAAAAGCAAUGAGGAAGAUAGAAAUUUGAAGGGUCAUGAGUUUUCAGAUUAUACUAGGAUUUUGUUAGAGGAGGUUUCAGUUUUGGUAAAAUGUAUAGAGGAGACUAGGAGGGGGAAUGGGGAUAUGGAGAGUGUUGGUUUGGCUUUAAAAGGCGUAAAAGCCAAAAAAGAAGCAUUACAUGGGGAAAUAAUGGAGGGUUUAUCUUUGGAGUUAAGGGAGUUGAAGAGGGAAAAGGAGAGUUUGGAGAACCGCGCAGACGAGAUUAUGGAUGAGGGGUUCAAGUUGAAAAGAGAGUAUGAGAGUUUGGGAGGAGAUGCUGAGAAGGAGAGGAUGGAGGAGUUGGAGGAGAAAAUGGGAGUGAUAGAAGAGGAGUAUGGUAGGAUGUGGGAAGAGGUUGGGGAGAUGGAGGAUGUGAUUUUGAGGAGGGAGACAAUGGCGAUGAGUGUCGGUAUCAGGGAGCUUUGUUUUAUCGAGAGGGAGUGUGAGGAGUUGGUGAAGAGAUUUAAGCAGGAAACCAAGCAAAAGAGCGAAGGAAGUAAGCAGAAGAAGUCUAUUACCAAUCUUUCCAAAUCUGAAAUUCAGAGAGAACUGGAAUCUGCACAAAGAAAAUUGUUAGAACAAAUGAUUCUGCCAAAUGUUGUGGAAGUUGAAGGUCUUCCACCUCUAUUUGAUCAAGAUUUGGUGGAUUUUUCUGGACGUAUAAAACAAGGCCUUAAAGAUUCAAGAAAGGCGCAGAAGGAUCUGGAGGCUCAUGUUAGAAAAAAGAUGAAAAAGUUUGGCGAAGAAAAGCAUUUAGUUGUGAUGACACCAGCAGAUGAGGUUGUGAAGGGCUUCCCAGAAGUUGAGUUGAAGUGGAUGUUUGGAAAUAAGGAGGUCGUGGUGCCUAAAGCUAUUCGCUCGCAUUUAUACCAUGGAUGGAAAAAAUGGCGAGAAGAAGCAAAGGCAGAUCUAAAGAGAAAUCUCUUGGAAGAUGUUGAAUUUGGUAAACAGUAUGUUGCCAAAAUACAGGAGCGUGUUCUUCUGGAUCGAGAUAGAGUGUUCUCAAAGACAUGGUAUAAUGAAGAGAAAAAGAGGUGGGAGAUGGACCCAGUUGCUGUUCCAUAUGCUGUCACAAAGAAAUUAGUGGAGCAUGCAAGAAUUAGGCAUGAUUGGGGUGCCAUGUACAUUGCAUUAAAGGCGGAUGACAAGGAGUUCUACGUCGACAUUAACGAAUUUGACAUGCUCUUUGAAGAUUUUGGAGGGUUUGAUGGGUUGUACAUGAAAAUGCUUGCCCAGGAUAUCCCAACUUCUGUUCAACUAAUGUGGAUCCCCUUUUCAGAAUUGAAUUUGCAUCAGCAGUUUCUCUUGACGAUGAGGCUGAUUCAACAAUGUAUAAAAGGAAUAUGGAAGGCUAGAAUUGUUUCUUAUGGAAGGGAAUGGAUGCUAGAGAAAAUGAGGAACGUAAACGAUGACAUAAUGAUGGUGAUUGUGUUUCCAGUAGCGGAGUUCAUCAUUCCUUAUCCGGUAAGGCUACGGUUGGGGAUGGCAUGGCCAGAAGAAAUAGAGCAAACUGUUGGAUCGACAUGGUACUUGAAAUGGCAAUCCGAGGCAGAAAUGAGUUUUAGGUCAAGAAAAAGGGAUGAAAUACAGUGGUUCUUUUGGUUUAUCAUUAGAGCUGGUAUAUAUGGGUAUAUUUUGUUACAUGUUUUCCGGUUUCUAAAGAGAGAAGUUCCCAAACUUCUAGGAUUUGGACCUCUACGUAGAAAUCCAAACUUGCGAAAGUUAGCGAGAGUGAAAGCCUAUAUUAAAUUCAAGGUGAGGCGGAUCAAGCGGAAAAAGAAGGCUGGGAUUGAUCCUAUAAAAAGUGCUUUUGAACGCAUGAAGAGGGUGAAGAAUCCUCCUAUACCAUUGAAAGAAUUUGCUAGUGUUGAUUCUAUGCGGGAGGAAAUUAAUGAAGUUGUGGCAUUUCUACAAAAUCCCAGUGCUUUCGAAGAAAUAGGUGCCCGUGCUCCUCGGGGAGUUCUUAUUGUUGGAGAAAGGGGAACAGGAAAGACAUCUUUGGCAUUGGCUAUUGCUGCAGAAGCCAAGGUUCCUGUUGUCCAAGUUUCAGCUCAGCAGUUGGAGGCUGGAUUGUGGGUUGGUCAAAGUGCAUCAAAUGUUCGGGAACUGUUCCAAACAGCUAGGGAUUUGGCACCUGUAAUAAUCUUCGUGGAGGAUUUUGACCUUUUUGCUGGUGUACGUGGCAAGUUUAUACACACUAAGCAGCAGGAUCACGAGGCUUUCAUAAAUCAACUUCUAGUGGAACUUGACGGGUUUGAGAAACAAGAUGGGGUUGUUUUAAUGGCUACCACUAGAAAUAUCAAGCAAAUUGAUGAGGCAUUGCAGCGGCCUGGGCGUAUGGACAGAGUAUUUUAUCUUCAACAACCGACUCAAGCAGAAAGGGAGAAGAUUUUACAAAAUUCCGCAAAAGAAACCAUGGAUGAAGAGCUAAUUGAUUUUGUAGACUGGAAAAAGGUUGCUGAGAAGACAGCUCUUUUACGCCCUAUAGAAUUAAAACUCGUUCCUGCUUCUUUGGAAGGUAGUGCCUUUCGGAGUAAAUUUGUAGAUGCAGAUGAACUUAUGAGCUACUGCGGUUCGUUUGCGACAUUCAGUUGUAUUGUCCCCAAAUGGGUUCGCAAAACCAAAAUUGUAAAAAAGAUGAGCAGGAUGCUGGUGAAUCAUCUGGGGUUAGAAAUGACCAAAGAGGAUCUGCAGAGUGUAGUUGAUUUAAUGGAGCCAUAUGGUCAGAUAAGCAAUGGAAUGGAACUUAUGAAUCCUCCACUUGAUUGGACAAGGGAGACCAAGUUUCCACAUGUUGUUUGGGCUGCUGGUCGCGGUCUUAUUGCGCUGCUAUUACCUAACUUUGAUAUAGUAGAUAACCUGUGGCUGGAGCCAUUUUCUUGGCAGGGAAUUGGGUGCACAAAGAUCAGUAAGGCUAGAAAUGAAGAUUCCUUGAAUGGAAAUGUAGAGUCGAGAUCGUAUCUUGAAAAAAAGCUGGUCUUUUGUUUUGGCUCAUACGUUGCGUCCCAAAUGCUACUUCCCUUUGGUGAAGAAAAUUUUCUUUCUGCUUCAGAACUAAGACAAGCUCAGGAGAUAGCUACAAGGAUGGUAAUCCAGUAUGGGUGGGGCCCUGAUGACAGUCCUGCAAUUUAUUAUAGUAACAAUGCGGCUACUUCUUUAAGCAUGGGGAACAAUCAUGAGUUUGACAUGGCAGCUAAAGUUGAAAAGAUGUAUGAUCUCGCAUAUAUUAAAGCAAAGGAAAUGCUUCAGAAGAACCGUCGAGUGCUUGAAAAGAUUGUCGAGGAAUUACUUGAAUUUGAGAUCUUGACUGGCAAGGAUUUGGAAAGAAUUCUAGAAACUAAUGGUGGGAUUCAGGAGAAAGAGCCUUUUUUCCUUUCUAAGGAUAUUAACAUAGAGAUUCAGCCAGUAUCCAGCAGCUUUCUUGAUACGGGAAAUGGAUCAGGACCUGCUCUGUUAGGUGCAUCUAACUAGGAUGAACAAACAUUAAACUCGAGCAUUCAUUAAUGAUGAAAGUAAAAGCUGGCUAAUGAGUUCAGAUUUCUUCAACUAUAAGUUUCCUCCUUUCCUAUCAAUAAAAUGUAUUAUUCUUUUUAUAAACGCAUUAAACAGCGUCAUUUUGACCUUCGAAUGCUACGGAAGUAGGUUGUACAGUGAGAAGUAGGUCCAGUUUAGAGGAGCUUUUUCUUUUUCACCCACCGGGUCAGAAAAAAGCUUCGUUCUUGCAUUGUAAUAUGAUUUCUUUGGGAAUCAUAAUCAAGUUAUAAAAAUGUUGUAAUUUUAUUCAUUAUAUCAAUAAGAUUUACAUAAAAAGUGAAAAAUUGAAUAAA